CCUCUCUGUCUCCCUCCCAUAAAAAACACACACUUACUUCUAUCGGUGGCUUCUUUAAUUAAUUUCUCUAUAGAAAAUUAAACCAACAGUUUCAAAAUGAAGAAAACAUCUUAAACACACACACACACACACACACACACACACCUUGUGUGUGUUCCUUAAACAAAACAAAAAACCAAACACAUCAUCAAAUUCUAAGGUGGUUACAUUCAAACUCAUUUGAAAUAUAUCAUAUGUAAUAAAUAUAUAUAUAUAUAUAUAUAUUUGUGAUGGCAAAAAGUGGUGUAUAUGAAGGAGAUCCAGUGACAAAAACCACCAUGGAGUUAAAAAAGGAGUUACAAAAACUUGUAAAAGCAAUUGUUGAAGAUUCUUCAUCAUCAUCAUCUUCUAUAGAAGAUAUCGAUAAAGCUUAUCAAACUUUGCAAUCUUUAAAACAAUUAAAAGAAGGAAAUAAACAAAAAUCCAACCAUCUUCAUAAUAAUAAUAAUAAUGAUGAUGGUUCUUUUUUGGGUUCUUGUCCUCAAGAAUUUCGGUGCCCACUUUCUAAAGAACUCAUGAGAGACCCUGUUAUUCUCUCUACUGGUCAGACAUAUGAUAGGCCUUUUAUACAAAAAUGGUUAAAAGCAGGGAACAGGGUAUGUCCCAAAACACAACAAGUUCUAUCACAUACUAUUUUGACCCCCAAUUAUUUGGUUAGAGAUUUGAUAACACAAUGGUGUAAGAAUCGCGGCGUUCAGUUUCCUGGCCCGUUACAGUAUUCUGAUCAAGACGGGCUAACAGAAGCUGACCGUGAUCUUUUCCUAUCGCUUUUAAAGAAAAUGUCGUCCACCCAGCCUGAGCAGAAAGAGGCUGCUAGGACUUUACGGUCGUUGACAAAGAGAAUGCCUUCUUUUCGGGCUUUGUUUGGUGAAUCACUUGAAGCAAUACCGCAGUUGCUAACCCCGUUAUGCCAAUGCAAGUGGAGUGAUAUUCACCCUGAUCUUCAAGAGGAUUUAGUCACGACGCUUUUGAAUUUGUCUAUUCAUGAUAAUAACAAGAAACUUGUGGCAGAGACGCCGAUGGUUAUGCCUUUGUUAUUAGACGCGUUAAGAUUUGGGACUAUUGCGACUAGGACCAAUUCGGCUGCAACCCUUUUCACUUUAUCGGCUCUUGACUCUAAUAAGUCAUUGAUUGGAAAAGCCGGUGCUUUGAAACCUCUUAUUGAUCUUUUAAACGAAGGACAUUCAUUGGCAAUGAAAGAUGUUGCUUCUGCAAUCUUUAAUUUGUGUAUCACUCAUGAAAAUAAAGCAAGAGCCGUAAGGGAUGGUGCAGUGAGAGCACUUUUGAGCAAGAUUAAGAACAGGGUUCAUGUCGACGAGUUAUUGUCUAUUCUGGCCAUGCUUUCAAGCAACCAAAAGGCCGUUGAGGAAAUGGGAGACUUAGGGGUGGUUUCUUGCUUGCUUUCUUUAAUAAAGGAGACAAAUUGUGCGCGGAACAAAGAGAAUUGCAUUGCUGUUCUGUACACCAUUUGUUACUAUGAUCGGACGAAAUGGAAGGAAAUGAGGGAAGAAGAGAGUACUUAUGGCACUUUGUCUCAAGUUGCUCAAAACGGCACUUCAAGGGCUAAACGAAAAGCCAGUGGCAUUCUCGAUAGGCUCAACCGAGCCACAAACCUUACACAUACCGCAUGAGCUUCAACCCGGUUCUCAAAACAAUAAAACAAAAAUCUGUAUAUUCUACAUCUCCUAUAUCUUUACAAGCAAUCUUGGUCAGGUUCUGAGUUAUAGUUAACUUUGUUCUGUUUUGUUUUCCAACCUCAAUUUUGUAAAUUCUUGUCCUAAAGUUUGAGCUUAUAGGCUUAUAGCCAUUGUGAAUAAUUACUUCUCCUAUAUAUUAUAUCUAUCUAUAUGAUUUUAUUCUCUGUUUUAA